AUGCGUACCACCGAACAAGACACUGACCAAAAACCAUGGCUCUAUUCUCGUAGCCAAAUUACCAAUUACCUUUGCACACGACUCACGACCCUUGCACCUCGCCGACGCGACAUAUCAGCACGAACCAGUCCCAUCAAAGUACUCCGACGAGUGACCAGGGCACAAUGGCUGAUGUUUCUCUGCGGCAUGUGUGGGCGCGCUUGGGAUGCCUUUGAUUAUACGACUGUGCCAUUGACAGUGACAGAGUUGGCGGCACAGUUUGAUGCACCGGAUUCCGCUGUCACAUGGGCUAUAACCGUUACGUUGAUGAUGCGUCCCGUUGGAGCCUUGCUUUUCGGUACUUUGUGUGACCGGUAUGGGAGGAGAUGGCCUAUGAUUGCGAACCUAGUCCUUCUCAUAGUAUUGGAGCUGGCAUCGGGAUUUUGUAGUUCCCUGCAUCAAUUCAUUGGUGUGAGAUCCUUAUAUGGUAUCGCAAUGGGAGGCUUGAUUGGUCCCUGCGCAGCAAUCGCUCUCGAAGAUCUCCCAGCAGACGCUAGAGGUUUACUAUCAGGCGUCUUUGAAGGAGGAACCGCCAUAGGCAACCUAAUUGCCUCAACAAUGUACCGUGCUCUCGUACCCACGACCAAACACGGCUGGCGGAGUCUGUAUUGGUUUGGUGCCGGACCCCCAAUACUCAUCAUUAUUUUUCGCUGGUGGUUACCGGAAACAGACCAUUUCCUGAUGAUCAAAGCCGAACGAGAAGCCCGAACACGGCAGAAGGCAGAUGCAGAAACUGAAAGUACUGAAAAUACCAGUGAAUUCAAGACUUUCAUUUAUGACUCCGCCAAAUCUGUCAAGGAGAAUUGGCUGUUGCUUCUUUACAUGUUCCUGCUCAUGACGGGCUUUAAUGCAUGUGUCCACGGUGCUAGCGAUCUCUACCCUACCUUCCUCAAAAAUCAGGUGCAGCUGGACGCCGAGCACAUGGCUAUAGUCUCUAUCAUGGGAAACUUGGGAGCGUGUUUUGGUGGUAUAACACUGGGUUAUAUCAGCGGUUUUCUAGGUCGUCGAUUGACUAUGAUCUGUGGAUGCAUCGUGGGCUCCGCCAUCCUUCCGGCUUAUAUCCUUACGCGAGGAAUGAAACUCGGUGCUUGUGUGUUUUUCCAACAUUUUACUACGGUUGGUGUCUGGGGUCCCAUCCCCAUUCAUCUUGUUACGCUAGCUCCAGUUACUUUGCGUACUUUGCUGGUGGGACUUACAUAUCAACUUGGUAACCUUGCUUCAUCGCCCGUCACUACUGCUGAAUCCAUAUAUGGCGAGAAAUACCCCCUAGCCCCAGGAGCAGAUGACAUGAAGAGAUAUGAUUAUGGCCGUGCCAUCGCUAUCUUUACGGCCGCUGCAUGGGCUUAUAUGGUUUUGUUUUUGUUUCUUGGUCCCGAGGCUUCUCGGGAUGAGGAGGUGCAGGACCUUGACGUGAUAGUGUAUUCCGGGGGUUCGGUUUCGGAGCCAUCGAGUCCAUCUGAUACAAUUAAAAAGGGACCUUUGCUUUGUGAGUAUGAGUGUGAUGAUGCCAAGGUUAGGUCCGAAUUGAACUCGAAGCUAGCUUAG